AUGCUUGAACUUUUCAGGCUUGUAACGUGUCUUCUAUCGGUUGCCCCUCCGUCCGCCAUCUUGUUUGCCAUCUUCCGACAACCUCCGCCUUUACCCUUGCAGACACACCCGCCUUUCUUGUCUCGUACCCAACUUUCCUUCCUUCUUUUACCCCUGCUUUUUUCUUCUUUCUUUUUUAGCGCGAUCUAUUUCUUUUUUAGUCUCUUUUCAUUACUUUUUCUGGUCUUUUUCAACGUUUUUAAUUCUUUCCUUCUUUCUUUCUUUCCAUCUUUCUUUCCUGUUUUUCUUUCCUUUCUUUCUUGGCCCUUUCCUCCCUUAUUAUUUCUUGUUUUUAUUCAUUUUUAUUAUUUUAUAUGUAAUCCUUUACUUCUUUUUCCUUCGUUAUUUUCAAUUCUUUUUCUUUCUUUUCUCUUCCUUUUUUUCUUGAUUUUAUAUGAUUUAUUUUUUCUUUCCCUUUACAUUUUCAUUCAUUUCUUUUUUAUUAUUCUUUCUUUUCCCUUCCUUCUUUCUCACUUUUUUCUUUUUCCCAUCCUUUCAUCUUUUUUCCUCUUAAUCUUUUCUUCAUUAUUUUUCUUCUUAUUUUUUCUUUUGAUUUUAUUUCUUUCUUAUCCCUUUCUUUCGUUUCUUUUUCUUUCUUUUUAUCAUAUUUUUCCUUUGAUUCUUUUAAAUUUUCUCUUAUUUUCAUUUUCAUUCCUUUUAUUCUUAUCCUUUUCUUUUUCUUUCUUUAUAACACCAUUUACUCAGUACACACCUCCCUCUACCGAAUGCCGGGUCCACUCUUUCUUUAUCAUCUCUCUAUCUCUGCUCUUCGAUUUUUUCUUUCGCUUAUCCUAUAAUUCAUCUUUCUCUUUUCACCAUUUCUUUAUUAUAUCUUUGUUUUUUCUCUCCUCAAUUACCUCGUUUAUCUUUCACUCUCUCUCUUACUCUCUCUCUUUUUUUUUCUUUUUUUCGCUUUGUCUUUACUUUUCUACAUUUUUUUCCGCUUUACUCUGUCCACUAUUUUUUCUCAUGUCCGUUUUUGCCACUUCCUCCUUUCUUUUAUCUUUUUCCAUGUCAUUUACACUCUUUUACCCUCUUUUUAUUUUUCAAAAUUUAUCAUUUCUCCAAUUUCCUUCACUUUCUCUUCAAUCUCUCCUUACUCUCCUCUAUUUACAUUUUUCUUCACUUCGAUCUCACUUUUUCUAUUUUUCUCUCGACCUUUUUGUUCUUGUUCUCUUCUCCCAAUCUUAUCUUUCUUAUGCUUCUUUCUUUUUUUUUUUUAAUUUAAUUUUUUUUCUACUAAUAUUUUUCCCAUUCGCCCAACAGCUCAACAACGGACCGCCAAUCAGCCGGCCCCAACCCGUGUUCACCCGCCCUGCUCAACCACCCCAGGAGGACGCUAGAGACUUCAAAUUACGCAGACAUAUAAAAUGCCGGGAUAUUAUUGUCGUGCCAAUCAAGGAAAAGCGAGGUCGGCACGUGCCCCUGACAGGGUAG